GGGGCGCCUCGCGCUGCCGCGGCUCGAAAGGACUAUGCAGUGAGGCGGGCUCGGCUGGCGGGCGUGCGCGGAGCGGGGGCCGCGGGCGCGCUGCAGAGAUGUGACUCGGGCCCAGGGCCAGCAGGAGCGUCGGCGCUGCGGGGCCGCGAGGGUCGAAUCUUCCUGGUGUCAGAGAGAAAGAUGAGAACCCACCAAGUGUUCCCCCUGCCCCUGCUCCUGGUGAUUGCCUCGGUGGCUUCAGAGAACGCCAGCACAUCCCGGGGCUGUGGGUUGGACCUUCUCCCUCAGUACGUGUCCCUGUGCGACCUGGACGCCAUCUGGGGCAUCGUGGUGGAGGCAGUGGCCGGGGCGGGGGCCCUGAUCACACUGCUCCUGAUGCUCAUCCUCUUGGUGAGACUGCCCUUCGUCAAGGACAAGGAGAAGAGGAGGCCCGUGUGUCUCCACUUCCUCUUCCUGCUGGGGACCCUGGGCCUCUUUGGACUGACAUUUGCCUUCAUCAUUCGGAUGGACGAGACGAUCUGCUCCAUCCGACGCUUCCUCUGGGGUGUCCUCUUCGCGCUCUGCUUUUCCUGUCUGCUAAGCCAGGCAUGGCGGGUGCGGAGGCUGGUGCGCCAGGGCACGAGCCCAGCCGGCUGGCAGCUAGUGAGCCUGGCACUGUGCCUGAUGCUGGUGCAGGUCAUCAUUGCCACCGAGUGGCUGGUGCUGACCGUACUGCGUGACACCAAGUCAGCCUGCGCCUACGAGCCCAUGGAUUUUGUGAUGGCACUCAUCUAUGACAUGGUAUUGCUGGUCAUCACCCUGACACAGUCCCUCUUCACUCUGUGUGGCAAGUUCAGGCGGUGGAAGGUGAACGGAGCCUUCAUCCUCAUCACAACCUUCCUCUCUCUGCUCAUCUGGGUGGUCUGGAUGACCAUGUACCUGUUCGGCAACUCGAUCUUUAAGCAGGGAGAUGCCUGGAGCGACCCCACCUUGGCCAUCACCCUGGCAGCCAGUGGCUGGGUUUUUGUCAUCUUCCACGCCAUUCCAGAGAUCCACUGCACCCUCCUCCCACCCCUGCAGGAGAACCCACCCAACUACUUCGACACCUCACAGCCCAGGAUGCGGGAGACGGCAUUUGAGGAGGACAUGCACCUGCCUCGGGCCUACAUGGAGAACAAGGCCUUCUCAAUGGAUGAACAUAGUGCAGCUCUUAGGUCAGCAUCGGGCUUUUCCAAUGGAAGCUUGGGGAAAAGAUCUAGCGACAGCCUGGGAAAGAAACCCUGCAACCUGGGAAGCCGACCCAGCGCACCAUUCAGAAGCAAUGUGUAUCAGCCAACCGAGAUGGCUGUCGUACUCAAUGGUGGGACCGAAGUGGCUGCCCACCCCCGCUCUCUGGAGUCCUUUGGAGCUUUCUGAUGUCACCAGUGACUUGGUCUGCAAAAGCCCCCCUUGCAGAAGGGAGACGCUGACAUGAUUGAUGGUUUUCUCUGUAAGCUCUUGGUUUUCCACGUAUAAGGUGAGCACCGUGCAAAUGGCUGUGCAGAAAGCAGCAACAUUUCUGCACUGUACAAACAGAACCAUUCUGAGCCACAGGACGCCUCGCUUCGUGAGGCCUUGCAGUUUUGCUUUUUUUUUUUUCCUUUCCCAUCCUGAUAGGUGAUUGCGCUUCUGGGCUUUGUUUUAUCUUGGCUAAUUUAAGGUUCGGGGUGGACUGAAUGUUCUUAGACACUAGGGGUAGAGGUGGGAGCAAAGGAAGAAGGGCUCCAUCUGCUAUUUUUCUAAUGAGUUCCGAGCUUGCCUGAAGAGGAUCGCGAGGCAACUCCACCCAGAGACUGCAGCCGGCUUCCAACAGAACGAGGCUGGAGUACAGAAUCCAUGGCACCUGUUUAAGAGUUGAUAGGGGAAAGGGUCUAGAAAGCCCUCUGUGAAUAAGCCCAAGCUGUAAGCACAACCUAGCAUGCCCGGGUAGCGACUCCACGCUGGGACUAUGGCAGCUCCUCUGUCCCCUCCUAACUGGAGUCCGUUGCCGAGGCGGUGGGACAGUGGCAGAGGGGAGAGGCUGUCUCCGAGGUUAAGAUCUGGUUGUUGUCUACCCCACCCCCACACAGAUGAGGUCAGGCCAGCAGACUAACGCAGACAGGGUGAGAAGGGUUGUCUCUUGGGUUUGCCAAAUUGGAAAGUAGAAGGGGGCGCUGGCGUUCACACAUCCAAGGAUGUAGCAACCAUGUGAGCCAACGAGAGCCCCAGGCAGGUGCUUUUUAUUCAUAAAGAGCUAUGGCUCAUUUUUUGAUAGAUAAUAUAUAUUUAUUAAAUGUAUUAAUGUGUAUUUUAUAAUGUACCCUCACUCUUCCCCCACCUUGGCUGACUUGCAUACUUAUAAACAAAAUUGUUCGGGAAAUUUCAAGACAAUCAGUAUGUACAUAUAAAUAUCACAGACUGAAAAGGUUGUUAAGCAUGGGCAGAUAGGUUUUAUUUUCAAAAUGCUGUUCUUAACAAGAAAAUAAAGGCUUUACUAUUUACCUAA